GGUCGGAGGGAGGGAGCCCCCUAGCUAAGCGUGCACAGCUACUGCAGACGCCACGCCUGACACAGCCACGCUGCGUGGGCCGGUUGCGAGACAGAGACACAGCGCUCUCUCCAUUUUCUGCAAGCCAGGUCUCUCCUCACGUGUCCUGGGAAAGGGAUCUCACAUGACCCGCGUGUUUGUCCCCGUGAUCAAAACUUCCAUCUCCUGUCUCUGAAAUUCGCGUUUUAAAUACGAGCCCCCCCCCCCAGGUCCCCACAUGGACAUGCUGGAUCACGGUUUGGACACUUCAGACAGCCACGAGAAAGGACAGGAAACCGAGGAGGAAGUGCAGCUGCAGGAAGCCGGGACAGGUCUGGACGAGCAAACGGCUGUGGCCAUUGCCAGUGUACAGCAGACCACAGCAUUCGCUGACCACAAUAUCCAGUACCAGUUCCGCACAGAAAACAAUGGAGGACAGGUGACAUACAGAGUAGUCCAGGUGACCGAUGGGCAGCUGGACGGACAGACCGAUGCCACGGGGGCGGUCAGCGUUGUUUCCACAGCACAGUUUACUGGGGGACAGCAGACGGUUGCACAGGCGGUGAUCCAGAACCCUUUCAGUAAUGGUGGCAGCCCAGUGACGGACACAGUCAGCGGGGAGACGCGCUUUGCCUAUUUCCCUGCGUCCACGGUGGGAGACAGUACCACGACGUCAGUGUCCAUGCAAACAGCCGACCCAGCCCUCGCCCAGGCAGGAGGUCAGUUCUACGUAAUGAUGGCCCCUCCAGACGUGCUCCAGUCUGGGGCACAGAGAUCCAUCGCUCCCCGGACACACCCGUACUCUCCAGAAACUGUUGAAAAUGAGAUGAUGCAUCACGACAAUUCCUGGAAAAUGGACGGCCCAAGAACACCCAGAGAUGAAAGGAGAAGAGCCCAGCACAAUGAAGUUGAGAGGCGACGGAGAGACAAAAUCAACAACUGGAUCGUCACGCUGUCUAAGAUUAUUCCAGACUGCAACACCGACAACAGCAAGACAGGAGCUAGUAAAGGUGGGAUCCUGUCAAAGGCGUGCGAUUAUAUCAGAGAGCUGCGUCAAACCAACCAGCGGCUACAGGAGAGCUUCAAGGAAGUGGAGAGAGUCCAGAUGGACAACGAGCUCAUCAAACAGCAGAUUGAAGAGAUGAAGAAUGAGAACGCUUUGCUCCGAGCUCAGUUGCAGCAGCAUGGCAUCAACAUGGGGGAGAGCACUGGACAGUAACAGCCAAGCGAGAGAGAGAGAGAGAGAACUAUAACAGAAGAAAGGGAAUUGACUCAUUUCAAAACAGCACACCCUGGGAGCCAAAAAUAGGCCGACAUGUCUUUCCUCCAAAUUUCAGUUCCCCUUUUUUUAUUUCAUUUGUAAAUAUCAACAAUGAACGGAGACCUUUUCAAGCUAAUGGGUGGUACUGUUGUCCAAGACAAGUUUAGUUUUUAUUUUUGUGUGUGUUUGUGUUUUUUCAUGAUCUGUACAUUUUACUAGUGUUUGCCAUGUUUGUUCUUGUCUUUGUCCUUAUUAUUUCUUUUAGAGUAUUAUUAUAAUUAUUAAUAUAAUUUUCAUCUUGUUUUUUUUUUUUUAAGUUAUUUAGAUGAGAGGGGAGAAAAAAAUAAAGUUGAAGUACCUCUUAUGCUGCAACAGGAGGCGCUACAAACAAACAAAACUAGAGAACACAGCUGCAAUUUCGUCUGUCCAGUUUGGGGGAUGUUCUACAAACUGCACGUAGGGUGUGUGUUUACAUGCUAAGUCCCUUCAUUUCCCUCUAUAUAAAGGAAUGUUAAAUAUAAUUCACUUCUGAAACGUGCUUCAGUAAGGUGCAUCUGAAUAAAAGCAGUGUGCUUGGAUGUAGCUGGUAGAGAUUCCUCUAUUUGUUUUGAAGCAUCUUUCUAGGGGUGGAAGUGAAACAGGAAACUUGGAGAGACAAAAAAUAUAAUAUGCCAGCUAGAUUGCAGCAUUUUCAGUAGAUUUCUGUUUAGGAGUUGAAUAUAUAGGAAGCCUGCUUGUGUCGGAAGGAGUCAUUAAAACUCAUUUAAUAAGAGUUGAAAGUGGAGGCUUUCGUUUUCAGCCAGUCGCUUACUUAAAUUGAGUCUGUCUUCAAUAUAGCUUAGAAAAACCUUUAGCGUAUGAUUUAGCAGAAGCUUACAUAAAUUUUAAUUACAGAAGGAAAGAACAUUUAUUUAAAACAGAGUAAAUUUACUCUGAAGUAAACUUUUUUGAAAACGUAUCAUUUCUUAGAACGUGAUCUUUUUGUUUUUUGAACACCCAUUCAAAAGACAUCAUGACAAAUCCAUCAAUUAAACCAGGUGACAAUCUGGUGCUUGGAAACGAUAAGUGAAGCCCUGACCGGUUCGGUCUUAGCUAAAUAAAAUCUGAGGCUUGCCCUAUUGAGAUACUGUAUUUUGAGUUGGGGAAGACUUCACGAGAAGAGCGGUGAAAAGCUUUGGGUACUGGUCGAUGGAGAUGGACCGUGUGGAAGUUGCAUCAAUGAGGUACAUGAAGGUUUUAUAUUGAGUUAAUUAUUAUAAACGUGCACAAAUUGGUGUAGCACUUAAAAGGGGGUGCAUAUUGUUGUGAAAAAAAAAACCCGUGGGUCGCUCUUGAGAAGAUUAGUUUGGCAACAGUACCACCAAUUAAGCAAACUGCUCUAUACCCAAACAUCUUUUCUGCUUGCAGCUUGGAGGCUGGUUGAAGGACUUAAGUGUGUAAAUGUUCCCGCUGGAGCAACUCUGAAAGAAAGAAGGCAGCAAGGAAAUACAAGGAUGGGACUUUUCGUGAUUGUGUUUGGGAAGGAAGGGCAUCCAAUAGCCACCUCCCUUUUUUCCCCAUAAGCCAAUAGCUGGAACUGUUCUUACUGUGUAGGAUAACCAAGAAAAUGGCUGCCAGUUGUUGGUUAAUAAUAAUCAUAAUAAUAAUAAUAAUAAUAAUAAUUUGUACUUUUAUUUUUUGGGGGGUAUUGGGGCGUGGACGGGGGGUGCAAACAGGAAACAAUGGCAAGGUUUUAUUUGUCUUCAGUAGUAUAAGCAUGAGAUUAACCAAUGGCUAACAGUCUUGCUGAACACAAAGUAGCCAACAGCAACACUGUUUUUUUUUUUUUAAGUAGCCGGAACUGCAAUAACAACCAAUAGCAAAGCCCCAACCGUGGGGCGUUAGCCAAUGGCCGGUUGUCUCUAAGUAGCUGGGAGCCAAUCGCGUGUUUUGUCUUUUAUAACAUUGCAAAAUAAAUAACCGCUAAUUUC